AUUUAGUCUGCUAGAAGUCGUCCCGCGGUAAAGACCCACAGUUGAAGAGCUGCUGAUACGAAAUAGAUAUUUCUCGCUAUAAAACAAAUAUUGACCUCACAAGCUGAAAAAUGAAAAUAGGAAAGCAGACAAGUGAAAAAGAACAGAGUGGACAAGAAGGUGCUGAUCAACAAGAAGCCACAGGAAUGAAGCAAACACAACCUCCUGCUCAAGAAAUAGGUGGACAAGAAGGUGCUGAACCCCAAGCAAGUGAGCAUGCAUGCCUCAUGCAACAGUGCCCUGCAUUCAAAUUUGCCAUCCAGCCAAACUACAAUGGAGCAAGUUUCUCUUCUCCUUGUAGUACAUGCGAAGGUGCUAUAGAUUCCUGCAUUCUACCAUUAUUGGCUGCCGUUCCAUCAUUCGAUCCAAAUUCAUCUUGUCGUUUGUCGCAGCUUCUGGAUACUAUCGGACUCUCGCACUACGCAGAAAUUUUUAUCAAGAACCACGUCGAUCUGGACAUGUUCAAAACUUUGACGGACGAGGAUUUCACCACACUCGGAAUCCGUUCGUUUGGUGCAAGGAAGAUAAUGGUCAAUGCCAUUCAAGGUGGCGGUGGAUUCGGAGGAGGUAGUGGAGCUGGCGCGCCCUCCGCCCCUAUUUGCUUUACAAUCAGUCGCUAUUGCCCAUAUUGUCGCACCACUACAGAAUUCCAAGGACUAGCCCACCAUUUAUCGCAGCUUCUGGAGGCUCUCGGACUCUCGCACCAUAAUGAGAUUUUUGUCGAGAAUGAAAUCAAUCUGGACAUGUUUAAAACUUUGACGGACGAGGAUUUCACCACACUCGGAAUCCGUUCGUUUGGUGCAAGGAAGAUAAUGCUCGCUGCUAUUCAAGAGUUGAACCGCUAAUCGCUAGCGUUGGUGGUGGCGGUGGAUGAGGUCGGCCUUACCUGAUCGGCGGUUGGUUUUCUUAUCCUUGAUUCUUUUCUAAUUUAGAAAGUACUUCCUCGAUGAAUAGAAACCCUACCUCGUGCUUUUCUCGUAUUGUGUACACGGAUUUCGUUAUUUUCAUUUCAUAUUCAUCCACUGUGACUGCGAAUCUUUUCUGUAAUAAUUUAACGUGAAACUUUUGAAAUUGUUUAAAAAAUACCAGUGUCGAUUGCCGACUUCUGGAUUUCAAUAAAAAAAAAUUUUUUAAA